CGCGGGCGCCUGGCGCUCCCAGGUGCUGCGAGGCCGCCGGAUCCCUGUCUUCAGCAGAGUUAGCAGGUUCUGCCUCCACCCGCAGAUGGCCCAGGACCUCAUCGACGCGCACCGGCCGGCCGCCCACCACCUCCUGGGCAUCUCCAUCGGGUAUUUCAUGCAUGACUUUGGGGACAUGAUCUGCCACCAGAAGGUCCAACAGUGCUGGGAGCUGCUUUUCCAUCACUCUGUGGUGAUCGUCUGUUUUGGCUUUGCCUUCCUGGUCCACCGCUUUGUGGGCUUCGCCAUGGUGGCACUCCUGGUGGAGAUCAACUCGGUGUUCCUGCACCUGCGGACGAUCCUGCUCAUGGCCGGCCUGGCCCACACCACCUCCUACCGGCUCACCAGCCUGGUCAACCUGGGCACCUACGUGGUCUUCCGCAUCACCACCCUGGCCUGGAUGACCCGCUGGCUGGUGCUGAACAGGGAGCAGAUCUCGGCGGCCACCUACGCCCUCAGCACCGUCGGCAUGGCCAUCAUGACGCCCAUGAAUAUCGUCCUUUUCUACCGUCUGCUCCGGAACGACUUCCUCACCGUCAGCCACUGCCAGGACAAGUGACGCUGAUGCUGGACUCGAGGCCAUGGGGGAGGAGAGAGGGAGAGCAGGCAGGGUUCCGGGAAGGGGCUCACGCGUAGCCUUCAGCUGGGCGCAGAAAAGUCCGCGGCUGCCGUGAGCUGUGGAUGGGACCAUGCCCCAGGAAGAGGGUGGGCACCCCAGGGCCCUCGGGGGAGCUGACCCUGCCAAAGAAGCAAGAAGGGGACAUGGUUUUGUCCCAGCAAGGGAGGUCCUUGAAAUGGAUCGGCCUCGGGCAAGGCAUGUUUGCGUCUUUCCUUGUGGCCCUCAGCGAGUUUCCGUACUGCAGAAGAGAAUGGCUGUUCUCUCGCGCCGGACCCUUCUCUUUCCAAAACCUGGUCUGUGAGGCGGGUCUUUGACCACAGAACUCCUUGGCUGGGCGUGAAGGGCUGGCUCCUUCCUUCCACCCUCUGUAAUAAUCUCUCCUGCUCUGCAGCUGCUUUUCUGCUGGAGCCUGAAAGCAGGAGAGUGUCUGCCUCUCCUGCUUGCUCUGCAGAAUAUCGUUCCUUGAGGGUCUGGUCUCUGGUCUGCCUUUCAACUCAGCCACUCAGAAACUAGCGUCCUGCAGGUGCCUUUUCCCUUGGACAGGUAGGGGAAGCCUGGGAGGGCCCCCGAGCCUGAUCUUGAAAGAGGGCCCCUCAGGAGCCACCCUCAGGGGCCUGAUUCGAUCAGUGACUGCAAGCAGAGCCAUCCCUCCACCCUCGUCCGCUGAGAAUUCUCACUCCCAUGUGUGUGUCGACCAGGAGAAGAGUACCAAGCCAGCCCAGCCCACCUCUUCCCUCUGGACAAAGAUGGGUUCCCAUAUGGCCACAUUCAGCCAUGGCCAAACUCUCCCAAUUAAUCUGACCGUGGUCAACGGUGCAGCUGUGCUCCUUUGUUGUCCUGGAGGCCAGUGCCUUUCACCUGCUAAGAGCCACGCAGGUUUCCCUGAAGCCCAGGUCAUUCCAUGCUCAGGGAGAGGGGGUGUUCAAGAGAAAUGUACGUGACUUACCUUUUGGUUUUGUUAACAAGCCGUAUCGAUAUGUUUGCAGAAAGUAAUAACGAUAACAAUAAUAAAAGCAAUUAAAUGAA